AUGUUCUACUUCACUUAUGGUGGCCAUAUGAUCCCGCCUAAGCGGGUGGAAUUUGGUCGUAUCCAAAAAAAUGCGAUUGCGGGCAAUGGCGGUGGGGCUGGUCGCACGCCUGACGAAGUCGCUGUUUGGCAGACACUAGGUGAGGGAAACGAGGAUAUGGUGGAAUGGAUUGUUUUGUGUGCUGCUCUCAACCUGAUUGAUGAAGAGAUUGUUAAGGCCGCGAGUCGAACCUUUGAAAACCAGGUGCAGCAGCAACAGCCGCAAGGUGCUACUAUGCACCGGACGGGCCAGCCGGCAGCGUCAUCACCUGGGGCCUCUACCUCCUCCGCGCCCAUGCCAUUACCUGCUGGUGCACGUCCGCGCAUGCCUUCGGCAGGGCCCAAGCCGGCCGCGAAGCCUGAAAAGAGCAAGGGCAAGGGCUUGUUUGGCUUUGGAAAGAAGUGA